AUGGCAUACAAUCCUCGCUCUCAAAGAGAGCCCCAGCCUCACACGCAGUAUAUCUACGGUACCCAUGACGUCUACAGUACAUCCUCUCCAGGCCCCGACUCGAGCCCAGGCCAGCAGCAGCAGCAGCAGCAACAACAACAAUACAGUACAUCGCGUGAACACACAACAACCACCCUUUCCCCCUCCCGAAACCCCUCGCACCAACGCCGCCGACACUCCAUAACAGAAAACCACACGGUCCAAAGCGACCCGGGUGCAAUGCAGCGGUACCAGGGGACAACAUCGCGGCAUGUCUCGACGACAAUGGACAAUGGGCAGAUCUCGCAGCAGGAGGUUUCGGAGAAGUCGCAGGUGCAGGAUCUCGAACCUCGGGAGUCGUCGGGGUUGAAGCUUCGGCUUGAUGUUAACCUUGAUGUCGAGGUUGAGCUCAAGGCGAAGAUUCGGGGGGAUUUGACGUUGGCUUUGUUGUGA